CCUAGAACUAGGGCUAAAAAAAUAAAGUGCCCCAUAAAUUCUGUGCCUCGGCUCAAAGGUUGAUCGUAUCUAAUCAGAUGGCCGGUCCCCACCCGAGUACUUGAGCAGUCUCCAGUCUCGGAGUCUUCUUUAUUACAUCCAAGUUUCAAUUGAUUUGUAUAUAUACGUCCAAAAACCCAAUUGCUUGUAUUCCAAACCAUAAUUGCCUCUAAUAUCUCACUGAAAUUAUAUAAUUCUCAAUUGAACGUAAACGAAAAUGAGCGGUCCUGGAGCUGGCUUUGAAUACCCUCCCACGGAAGUAUCGUGGACAAAGCGCGAUGUCCUGCUAUUCGCCAAUACCAUAGGAUGUACCGCCGAUGAGCUUCACUUUCUUUAUGAACUCGAUCCUAACUUCUCAGUAUUCCCGACUUACCCGGUUAUUCUACCUUUCAAGAAGGCCGAACAAGAAGUUAUCGACUUCUACGCCGCCCAGAAGGCCAUCAAGAUCCCUGGUGUUCCUGAUUUCGAUGCGCGUCGUGUUGUAGAUGGCCAGCGACUAGUCCAAUUCCUCAAGCCCUUGCCCACAACAUCAGCUGGCAAGAAGUUUGAGAUUCGAACUAAGGUCCUAGGUGUCUACGACAAGGGGCGCCCGGGUUCGGUCGUCGAGAUCCAGCAAGACCUCGUCGAUGCUGGUACUAAUGAAGUCUAUACGCGCGCCAUCGGCAGUUCGUUCUACGUCGCACAGGGUAAUUGGGGUGGCCCUAAGGGACCAGCCACCGAGAACUUCCCACCUCCCAAAGGCAAGAAGCCCGAUGUCGAGUUUGAGGACCAGACGGAUACGCAAACUCCAUUAAGAUACCGACUUAAUGGCGACUACAACCCACUGCACGCGCACCCAGAGCCGGGCAAGAAGAUGGGUUUCGGUGGUGUUAUUAUCCAUGGCCUUUAUUCGUUCAACUCGACUUGCCAUGGCUUGCUGCAGAAGCUUGGUGGUAGCAACCCCGCUAAUAUUAAGGAGUUCCAAGCCCGAUUCGCGAGCCCGGUAAGGCCCGGUGACAAGCUGGUUACUUCUGUGUGGAGAACCGGUGAAGUUAAGGGCGAAUGGGAAGAGGUGAGGUUCGUGGUUAAGGUAGCUGGUGGAAAGGUAUGCUUGAGUAACGGAAGAGCGUUGAUGAAGGUGGUAGGGGAAUCUAAGAGCAAGCUUUGAUUGGGGAAAAAAAGGUUGAAUGAUUGAGAGCGAUUUUCCAUUUGCAAUAUUCGAUUCAAAUUAUGUAUGAAGUAAAUAACAACUGAAAGUAUUCGAAGUUUCCCAACUCAAGAAUGGCAGUUGAGGUGGUGCUUCAGCUAGGUAGAUAUUGAGUGUGUAACAAAUCCACAUGUGACGCCGUAACAAAUUGCUUCGUAGCAAGAAAAACGGGUG